CGCUCUACAACGCCAGCAUUCUCCCCCGGACUUCGGAAAGGAUUCUAAUCAAAGACUUUAUCCUCUCUCAAACCCAGUGCAACGAAACGCAAGAAAUGACUCCUUUCACUCUCAUGGAGGAUGAUGGAUCAUCAGAUCCUGUGUAUACCGCAACUGUCGAGAGCGUUAAAGAAGCCAUAGGUCACCCGCCAUGCGAGUGUGUCGACUGCCAACACGGGUUCUACACCGUUGAGGAACAGUAUGGCUCCGGUCUUUCGUAUCGCCGCAGGCUUUCCGACGCAGACGCGGAGCGCAGGGUGCUCUCGACCGUGAAGCAGAUUCACGAUCUGAGGGGCGCAUUGACAGAACGUCUGAAUGUCUUUGCUGAUGUCUUGCUGAGUCGGUGGAAAAAGCGAAGCCAAGCAAAGCGCGAGGCUUUGUUGAAGAAGGCGGCUCCGGACCUCGAAGAGAAGCAGUGGCUUAUCCCGCGAUACACCUACCUUCGCGAGAGGCUUAUCACACAUGCGAGGAGCCAGGAGCGGAGACGCCAACUCCUUUUGCCCUGGCUGAACCAUUGGGCAGCGUUCGAUAGCGGGCAACUCACUCUCAGUUGGGCAGCUGGAUACUUUGACGUCGACUUCUCGGCGAAAUCUGUUGUUAUGUAUGGAAAAAGAUAUGGGUCACUGGUGGACUGGGAAGAAAAGGCAGCCCAUCGAGCUGAUACCCUUGGGUUCCCCCGGGCAAUGUUGGUUCUUGAAGCGCAGGCAUACCUCAUGGAAGUUCUCUGCAGCAUCGUGGCGAAGAUCCUUGAUGGUGUCGACAACUCGCAACCCCCUCGAAUCGACAAGUGGAUAAAUCUCAUUAGCAACGCGGCGUUUAGAGAGACAGGAGUGGUGGAGUCCUGGUCUCCAUACACAAACCAAGCCUUCUCACCACCGCCGGAAUUUGACAGUAAAUACCUGGUCUCGCUCGCCAAGACUCGACUAGAUGCAACGGGAGAUCAUCUCUGGUACUUGCAGUGCGAUGCCACAUACAUACGGCGGCAUCUGAAGAUCAUGUUUGCAACCGAGAUCUUUAAGAAGGCCUCAGAUACCCAGAAAGGUGCGAUGGUUACGCAACGCAUCCGCUCCGAGGUGCGGAGUCACCAUUGGUGGCGCUGGAUUGAAAUGGAGUGCAGACAUGUCGACGCGGCUCGAGAGAGAUUUCGCGACAGCACAUAUCCUGGCGCCACCUUGCCGGUCUCCUACAACCGAGCUCUCGGAGCCCUGGAGCUUCUCCUUGUCAAUCAGGCCAUAUACAGAGCCAGCUGCCUUCGGGAACUCUUGCCGUACGUUCCAGGGCUUCAGGAACACUGGAUCUUUGAGCCUGGCGCGAAACAACCCAAUGCAAUUGGCGUCCUCCGCCGAAAGAAGUCUGCCAACACACAGGAGUGCCUCGCUAAUGACCGCCUUUAUUGGUGUCUGGUCCAGUUACUCGCGAAGCCCGACGACCAAAGGACGUUUGAUCACUCCAUGCUCUUCGCAAUGCUGCAGGAGCACAUGUCUAAUAACCCGUCUGAGAGGGCUAGACUGGAUGAGGUCAUCUACCAGCUGCUCUCGGAUCUCGCGACUUGCCAUGAAAUGAUCAUGGCUGUCCGUUUCCACAGACCGCAGAAUGCAGCGAGAACGUUUAAGGAGGUCAAAGAGACAGAAGACAGACACGUCUGGAGAUGGCUACGAUCCAGGAGUAGUAACGUGGAAGAUUUCGGCGACCCCCAAGGCAUCGGGAUGUCACUUUUCAAGGACUUCUAUCUUGCAAAGACACCGACAGGUCCAAAGACUUCUGUCUGGCUUGCGCAGUCCCAGGAGCUCCGCGCGGCUCUGGAGAAGUUCUGGGAGUCGAUAAGAAGAGCAAUCAGGAAAGACUUUGAAGACUCGGCUUUCGGUCCGGCAGAGGUCGAUAGCCUUCUUGAAGUCGUUUCGGCAAAUCUGAGUGAACAGUAUCUGCAAGACAAGCAGCGAGAAGAAGAUGCAAUUCUCGCUGCUAUCCAGAAAUCUGAUAGCCCACAACCCGCAACCAAUUUCUUUGACGGGGCCGAAAGCCGUUCAGCGACCACAACGAUUGCCCCGCGCCCAGAAAAGACAAAAACAAGAGGUAAACAAAAACACUCUGUCGGCGAUAUUACGCCGGUACAUGACAGCGCUCCAGGUGCACAAACGGAACCUACCGCAGUAUUCGAAGCUACCGCCAUUAAAGUGACGAAGCAAUCGUUGGACAUAUUUCUCUUGAUGUUCCCUGAGAAAGACGACGUUGUGAAGGACGUGUUAUGGGAUAGGUUCGUUCACGCUAUGGUAGAUGCGGGAUUCACUGCGAGGAAUAACGGCGGGUCGCCAGUGUCGUUUAAGAAACUUGACGGGGAGGGCAAGAUUGUCUUUCAUAAACCUCACCCUGUUCCCAAGAUUGAUCCUGUUAUGUUACGAGCCAUGGGUAAGAGAAUGGCGAAGUGGUUUGGAUGGAGGCGAGAGCAGUUUAUUUUACGCGACGAGACCACCCAAGCUUAG